AUGGCCGACGCUUUUAGUCGUAAAACUCAUGUGAAGGGUAUAUGUUGUUUCCAACUCGUGGACGAUCUUCGAAACCGCAUUCGUGAAGCGCAAUACUCAUCUGUUAAUGAGGGUAACUUGUAUAACGAGAUGAAGUGUGGUGCUAAAGAUCAACUCAUGACCAAAUCCGAUGAUACAAAGAUGUCGGGUGGAAACGGUGAUGACACAGUAGCUUUAAUCACCGAGCAGAUAAAAGAAAAGAUUUUCGAAGAAGUCGGAAAAGCUCUUGAAAAUAGCCUACCGGGAUUCAUGGAAAGCUUACGGGACUGGCCAACUCAGGGGCAAGCGAAGGAUUGGUGGGACAACCAUAAGAAAGAACAAGGGAUUGAAGUUACGAGAAACAUGACAUGGGAAGAGUUUAAGGUGCCUUUCCUUAAACAUCAUAGCCCUAAGCGCGUCAUUAACAAGAUUAAAGAGGAAUUCAUCCAAUUAAGGCAAAAGGGCGAAACGAUUCACAAGAUCAUGGGAAUAUUCCUCGAUAAGCUGAGGUUUUGUGACGAGCUGGUGCAAACGAAAGAGCAAAAGAUCUAUUACUAUUACAAUAUGUUGAGUGAGGAAUACCGGGAGUUUAUGAUUCCCUCAAAGUAUGAAACUCUCAUGGAAAUUAUUAACAUCCCUCGAGAACAUGAGAUAGAGUUAAGAAAGCAAGUUGAGAGAGGAAAAAGGAGGGUGUUGGAUGCGAAUCCAAGCCCCACGAAGAAACUAAAGAUGAGCGAAUCCUCAAAGAAAAUGAAUGUAAAAAGGGGAUCACCUAACUGUAAGACAUGUGGCCGAGCCCAUAGGGGCGAGUGUUAUUUCAAAGAUAAACCAUGUGUUAUAUGCGGGAAGAUGGGGCAUGCGGCUUCAAUUUGCCCCGAUAAGGUGUCGGUAUGCUAUAAAUGUUACCAACCAGGUCACAAGAAAUCAGAGUGCCCGAAGUUGGUAGGAAAGAAGGAGGCACCCGACACGAAAACGAAAGUUCCAAGAUCAAAGGCAAGGUCCUUUCACAUAACGGCGGCCGAGGCCAAGGUUGAACCUGAUGUGGUUUUAGGUACAUUUACCGUAAAUUCAAUUCCAGCAUAA